AUGUUUGAAGUAAUUAUCCUGAUAGGUCCCGGAACAGAGUUGUUUCCAAUAGUCAAUGAGAAGUUUUCAAAGGCAUGUCUUCCGAUCAUGAAUAGGCCAAUGAUUCUUCACACAAUGGGGUGUCUGAAGAGUAUCUCAAGGAAAUUCUUUGUGGUUGGGCUGAACGAGGAAAAAGAAGAUCUUAUGAAUGCUAUAAAGGAAGACAUCAGAGUACCUAUAGAGUAUAUAGGAAUUGACACAUAUGAUGGAACAGUGGCAUCUCUUCUGAGUGUGUAUCCGAGAAUAGAAUCUGAAGAUGUAAUUGUAUGCAAGGGAGAUAUUGUGACCAACAUGGACAUCCAGGCAAUGGCGUCGAAUUACUUCAGUGCCAAGAAAAUGUUUAUGGUGAUUCUGGGGAACACCAGAUCGGAAACAUCCAUUCUAGGAUACAAAGGUGAUGAUUUAAUGUUUUACUCAAACAAUUCCAGCGAAGAAAUUCCUUUUUACUUAUUGAAAAAAGGACUGACUCUUACAAAGGACUUUGAUGUACUCCAAUUCUAUAUGUUUAAGACCUCAUUGUUCAAGGCAUUUAAGCCAGACUGCUUUAGCUUUAAGUAUGGGUUGCUUCCAGACAUUGUGAGGAGCUUAGUUCUGACGAAUCCAGUUGGAAUUCACAGGCCCGCGAAGAGUUACAUCUACCAGAUAAGAUCUAUUAGUAACUACUUGUGUGUGAAUGCUCUGCUGAAAAGGCACGGAGCUAGUACUGACAAGAAGUUGAAGACAAGCGAGUCGAAUGCGAAGUUCAUAAAGGAUUAUGUGAAAAAAUACAAUCUUAAGGACUUGAGCAAUGUAGUUGGGGGUAGUACAAGAGCAGACAAUGUACUUCUCCUCGACUCGAUAGUCGGAAGCAUGUGUGACAUUGGUGAAGGGUCGAAAAUAAUAUCAUCAAUUGUGAUGGAUAAUGUUUCUAUCGGAGACGGGUCGCACAUCGAAGGGUCUGUGAUUGGGAUGGGUGCAAGUAUUUUUGCUGGCAGUACGCUGGUCAACUGCAAGGUGUCUCCAGGAUAUGUAUUCACCGAAGUGGUUGAUGCUGACACUCGGUCUUUCAGCAAAUAA